CUCGGUGAGGCAGACUGGGAAAAGUUUGGAGACGCCGAAGGAUCUGCCGGCGGAGGGGCUGAGACGGAGACACCCCCCCCCCAUUCCGAGCGGCUUGAGGUCGGACGUGCAUUGGGGGCCUCCGGAGUCGGCAGGACAACCUGCCGCGAAGACCUUGUACAAGGUGAAUGAUGAGGAGCCUUCCCAGGUGGCAGCGGUGCUGCUGCGGCUGCUGUCGGCUGCCCUUGCUCUGGGUUGCGCUGGCCGUCUGCACGAUGAUUGGCUUCACGGUUCAGCUCCUGGGCAUCUCCCUUCCGAAGAGCAGGGUGUCCUCGGCUCUGCUGCUCCCUCCCCUGCCUGCUCCGGUCCCCUCAGCAGAACCUGCGGGGGUGGGGGAUGAAGAGCCCGUCAGCCCCCUCCUCUCCUGCCAGCCACGGCAACACCUGGUCUUCCUGAAGACCCACAAGACCGCCAGCAGCACCCUUGUCAACAUCCUGCACCGCUUUGGGGACACGAGAUCAUUACGAUUCGCCCUGCCGACCGGCUACCAGUUCAACUAUCCCAAGCUUUUCCAGGCACGGCGUGUAAAAGGGUGGCACCCCGAGGGGCCGCCAUUCGACAUCCUUUGCCAUCACAUGCGCUUCAACUUGCUUGAGGUCCAGAAGGUGAUGCCCAUAGACAGUUUCUAUUUCUCCAUAGUGCGGGAUCCAGCUUCCUUGGCUGAAUCGGCUUUCUCCUAUUACCGGGGUGUGGUCCCUGCCUUCCGCCGGGCUCGCUCACUGCCGGAGUUCCUGGCUUCUCCACAGAACUUCUACCGGCCUGGUGAGCGUGGCAGCCACUAUGCUCGCAACCUGCUCUGGUUUGACUUUGGCCUUGAUCCACCAGCAAACCCCGGCUUAGCCACAAUCCACGCUGCCCUGCUGGGACUGGAUCGUAUUUUCCACCUUGUGCUGCUAACAGAAUACAUGGAUGAGUCACUGGUCCUGUUGCGUGAUGCCCUCUGCUGGAGCUUUAAGGAUGUGGUGGCUUUCCAGCACAACCUGCGCAAUCCAGAGGCGGUUCACCAGCUGGGGCGCACCGAUGCAGCUCAGCUCCGUGCUUGGAAUCACCUGGAUUGGCAUCUCUACACUCACUUCAAUCGCACUUUCUGGGCACGUGUGAAACACUUUGGCACUGCCCGCAUGGCUGGGGAAGUGGCCAUUCUCCGAAAGCAGCGGGCAGAGUUUACGCAGCGCUGUUUACAGGGCGGGGGACCGCUGGAGCCGGGCCACAUUGCUGAUGAGCAUAUCCGUCCCUUCCAGUUUGGGCAGGUGCCAAUCCUGGGUUAUGCCCUACAACCCAGCCUGGCAUCCGGCCUGCAGGUCGUGUGUCAGCAGAUGGUCACUCCUGAACUGCAGUACAAGGACCUCCUUGAUGCCAAGCAGUUUCCCCACCCCUACAAGAGAGGCAACCUCAGACAGGGAGGGGAAGGCGCUCACAAUAGCUCUGGGCAGAAGCCAUCCGACUGAAGUGCCCCCCCGCCCGGCGCUCUGUGGGACACUCCCAUCCAUGCAGGAUGCAAUGGGCAGAGGGGCCCUCGGAGAGCUGCAGGGAUAUGCAAUGCCAGAGAAAUGAAGAGGUUCCCGUGUUUUGAGAGGCAAAAGGCUAUCAGUUCUUUUAAACAGCUUGGGGUUGCUUAAGACUCGGAGACAAACAGGGCCACGCACCCUCCCUGGCAUCUAGCACACCCAGCAGCUUCAUGUGAGAGGAGCUUCCGUAAUUGGAAUUUCUUAUGACUGAGCCAGGAAGAGCAUGACCCCCUCCCCUUUGGCUAAUAUCUGGCCCUUCGCUAGUAUUUUUCCCCCUCCCACCCUAACAAGGCAUCUUCCAAAGCCUGGUAGACCAGCAUUCUUGGGGGGAAGAGGUUAGGCUCUCACUCCACCCUUUGGCCCACCAAAGUGCUCCUGCUGUCUGGCUGUGGAGUGCCUCUCUCCCCUGCCACUGUCUUGCCCCAGAGGCAGUGGGGCUCAUACCCAGAAGGCCAGGGAAGCUGAAGCGGCCACGGGGCUUCCUGGUUCUUCUCUGCACAUCCUUCUCUGCUUGGGGAAAGGAGGCUGUACCGGAGACUUCUCAGGCAGAGAGGCUCCGGUGGCCAUGCAGACAGCUCAAGGACCCAGGCAGCAGGGCCAUAUUUGGGGAUCCUGAGCCCAGGGUUGGAGCUGGGGCAGAAACUCAAGGACCUGUGGAGGCACUGCUGGCAAACACUGGGAGAGAAUGAAGCUGCACUGAAGUUGACGAGAAAGCCAGCAAGAUACAGAACCAACCCAGAAUGGGAAGGAAGGUGAGGAAACAAUAAUUGUUUCAACAAUUAAUCAUUCAGAGUUUGUGACUCAAUUAGAAGGGCUUAAUUUAUGGAGAGUUUCACAUACAGAAUAAAAAAUUGCAAGAAAUAAAAGGCUUCCGGAGAAAGGCCAUUCCAAUAGCUUCUUUAGCUUUGCCUAAACCCAGCUUUAGCUCAGCCAGGCCAGCAGGCCAGAAACCGACGAUAGGAUGACCUUCUUAUGGGCUUAAUCCUGCUGGGCAUCAGGGUUGGUUAGGGGUGUAGGGAUUAAACAGGUUUUGGUCUAUCCACCUCAGGUCUGUUUCUCUUUUUAGCCUAAACAAAAGAGCCUCAAGAAAAGGUGCAUGGCCUCCUACUCCUCCUGCCUACUCCCAGGAGGCCUUGUGGCCCAGCUGUCCCUUGCAUAAGCUCCGUAGUCUGGCUGCCACUCAGUGAAAAUAAAAACUGGAUUUUGUUGCCCCUUAAAACCAAGGUUGAACUAUGCAAAAGGGCGGGGUGGAGAAAUAGCUGUCAUCCCACAUAAUCCUGGGAAGCAAGCCAUGGGUGUUCCCGGCAGAAUCUGGUUGCUGCUGUGAAACCUAGGAGCUCCCACCUCCAGGCUCCCAACUCUCACCCAUCAUCCACAGCAGACUGCAGGACUACACCAUGGCAUGCUAAACGGUCUGAGCACCAUUGAGUUAGGCAUGCCUAAUUCUUGCGGAGAAGAGUGCGCCCAACUCUCCAGCUGGAGAAACUACAGAAGAACAGUGCCAUCUCGGUCUCGGUCUUGGGAGGCAGGCCUGACCUGGACCGUCUUCAGGUCACCUGAGAGAUCAAGAACCUCAGGCUCAUCACUUCUGUUGCUAUACAGUAGUUCAGAUUUGCACCUUUGUUCUUUAUUAGCCCCAGUAGCCAAGUCAACCCAAAAGCUAGGCCGGCACCUCUGGUUCAAUCAGUAUUCACACUGUGGAACUCUCAAAUUACAAUAGCUCUUUCCAGCAUUUUGGGCAGUGAUGCUGUUUAGAUUUUUUUUCCCAUUGUACAAUUACUGUGCUCACUUUCAAAAAGGAGAAUAUCAGUAUAAAAAAUUAAAACAUUAAUUGAUUGUUGUA